AUGUUGGGAAACACUGGCUCCUCCUCAACUUACGACAAUCGUUAUUACGCGAAAUACUUCUAUGGAAUAUCUAGAAAAAUUCUAAAAAUAGAUAUACAACAAAUUUUUAAAAUUAGUGAAGUUUCGAAUUCUAAAGUUUCUUCAAAAAAAAGAAAACGAAUAAAACUAGAGUGUUUGAUUUGUGGCAGUGUAUUUGACGAUGACUAUCGUAGCAAACAUGAAAAUAACAUACAUGGAGGAAAACGUGUACGGGUAAAGCAUGGUGGAGCACCAAAUAAUCCUUUCGACUUAGCUCGACAAAUUUCCAAACACAAAUUAAUAAAGAGUGAUCUUACAUCUGAGUUAAUGACUGAAGAGACUGAUACUGAUCUUAAGUCUAGCAAAGAGGAAUGUCCUAUUUUCCCUAAUACUACAUGUGAUAAAAAAAUUCAGAAUUCUCCUAUGUCAGUUCUAUCAGAAACAAUUACAUCUGGAUCAAUGGUAAAUUUAAUUAUAUCUAUAAUCUAUUGUUUUCCGUGUAGACAUUUUACUGCUCACAUGAUUUCACCUGGAGAAGUUAAAGGUAACAUUCCAUUCAUAGAUUAUGGCUUAAAAUGCUGGAAAGAACCAAGAAAAAAAUUCACUAGCCAUUCUCAUAAUAAAAGACAUAUUAUUUGUAUGGAGCGUUGGAAUGACUAUAUGUUAAUCAGAAAUAAUAAUAAAAAAUCAAUUUCUUAUUCUCUAAAUGUAGCUAGAGUACAAGAUAUAACUGAAAACCGUAAACAUAUUAUGUUUUUACUUAAAGCUACACUCUUUCUUGCUAAACAAGGUUUAGCAUUUAGGGGACACAAUGAAACUGACAAUUCCAAUAAUAAAGGCAAUUUUAUUCAAUUAUUAGAAAUGUUUGCUGACGAAUCACUGGCAGUUAAACUUAAGUCAAGAUAUGGACACUAUACAUCCCCAGAGUAUCAGAAUGAUUUAAUUCACAUUAUAGCUAGUUUAGAUGAAACCAAAGAUAUUUCAAAAAAAGAACAACUUAGUUUUGUACUGCGCUUUGUUGAUUCUGAUUAUAAUGUCCACGAAAGUGCAAUUGGCUGUUACCAUAUGAAAAAAUCUGACGCUGAAACACAGUGCUAUGAUGGAGCAAAUGUGAUGAGCGGGUCAUAUUCUGGUGUCCAAAAAAGAAUUCAGGCGAUUGUACCUCAUUCUCUUGAUGAAAAAUCUCGAAUAUUGUCAACAGGCCUUUUAAAAGAAAUUUCAUCAUUCAAUUUUAUUUUAAUUCUUUGUACUAUGGAAAAAAUCUUAGAAGUUAUACAUUGUGCAUCUUGUGAGUUACAAAAUUCUUCAUUGUUACUUCCAGUAGCUAUUAAUUUGAUUAAAUGUACAAAGAAAAAUUUACUAUUAAUGCUUUCUGAUGGUGUUUGGAUAACUAUUGAAAAAUUGGCUCAUGACAAAGCCGUGAAAAAUAGAAUAGAAGAGCCAUCUAGUGAACUAAGACCUCAAAGAAUAAAACAUUUCAAUAAAAAUCUAAAUGAAUAUCAUGUUACAACUACAGCAGGCCAAACAAAUCCAUCAAUUAAAAUUGAACUAUUAUAUACAGUAAUUGACAGAUUUACCAUAGAAAUGGAUAACAGAUUUUCCGAAGAAACAUGUGAAAUUUUAAUGAUUUCUGAAAUUUUUAAUCCUUCUACUAAAUCCCUCAUUGAAAGAACAAAUAUGCAAAAACCAGAUAUUCAUUUUAUACUUAAAACUCUGUCGGAACUUCCAAGUGCUUUUACUGAAACACUAAAAAUUUUGACUAUUUUAUUAACUUUGCCUGUCACUACAGCUACAAAUGAGCGAUUUUUUUCUUCUUUGAAACGCGUUAAAUCAUUCUUAAGAAGUACAACUGGGGAUGAUAGAUUGAGUGAUUUAAUGGUAAUAAAUGUUGAAGGAGAGUAUGCAAGUCAUGUAAACUUAGAAGAAGCUGUUGAUAUGUUUGCUAAUAUUAAGAAUCGAAGAUAUCCUCUAAUAUUGUAA